AUGUUCAGUUCUGAUAGGCCUUUGGGAGAAGGGGACCUGCGGAAAUUUCUGAAGUUGUACCGCACGGAAAUUUCAAUGGCAGUGGAUGAUGUCUUCCCAUUGCUUCAUGGACUUGUGGAUCAUGAUGUUGUCACUGAAGAGAUGUUCAAGGAUACCAUCCAUCUGAAGGAGAAAGAUGGCUGCCACAAGGCUUUUCAUGCCAUGCUGACAUGGCUGCUAUGUCAGGAGUCACGUUCUAUCCUGGGCUUUUGGAGGGUACUCUUCAAGGAUUAUAACCUGGAAAGAUAUUCCAAACUCCAGUCCAUUCGAAGCAGCUUUCCCAGAGAUAUGGAUCUUGGCAAGAACCGCAGGGCAAGGAAACUCCCAGCCAGCCCUAAGAUCCUGGCUCAGCACAAGUCUCAAGGAAAACGAAAGGCAACAGAGGAAAAAGACCCUUCAUGCCACCCUCAGCCUCUAGUGAAAGGCGACCCACACCUUGAAUGUUGUAACCUGUACUGUGGAUCAACAGGGACUCUACCCAAGGCAAAAACAGCAAAGAAAGCAGAGAAUACUGAAAUUCAGCGCUGUCUUCUUCCUAAUGGAGAUAUUAAGAAAUGUAUCAAAGUUGGUGGUGAGUUUUACAGCAAACUGGAGGAGCCUGGAGAGAGGAACAGAGCUCAAGAACAAAAGCCCAGUGUGAAAGCCAAGGAAUCCCAAGCCCCUGAACAUAAGGAAGAACUGGAAGUAAGUUUACAGGGCAAGUGUCCGACCAUCUCUUUCUAUACUGUUGAUCCAGCCUUCCAGCAGGUAAUGGGCAUACGUGGAACAUGGAGGUGUAACUCCUGCUGUCCAGGGAAGGUGAAACAGGACAUGCACACUGAAGAAGACAGCAGCAGACAGCAACUCUCUCUGGAUACUCUUAUUCUGUAUGGCCAGAAGACAACUGAAGAUCGGAAGAGAGUUCUCUUGAAAGAUCCUGCUGGGGGUCCCUACAGGCAGCCUCUGCCUCCUGCAUCCUCAGUGUCUGUGGCAGUACUACCAUCAGUACAGAGUGUGGGAGCAGAGACCCAGCUGAAACUGACCAUUGGCGAAAAAUGUGGGGUGUGCAGGAAAGGAGGCGACAUGAUCUGCUGCAGCAAAUGCUUCAGGUCUUUCCACUGGCACUGCCAUUUUCCAGCCCAUGCAGAUCAAAUCAGUGGAAUCUUGAUCUGCAAGUCGUGCUCUGGCAGCCAUGCUACUAUCACCAUGGAGGGAGGGCCAGCACUAAGAGCAAUAAAGCAGGAAGGGGAAGUGACAAAAUAUGGUUCUAUUAGUGAGGAUUCGCUGACUAUACCAUGA